CAACGCGCUGUCGCCAAGCUGAAAAUGUUCAAUUUCCACUUGAAUUGGGAUCUCCAUAUGACGCAAUGCAAGCCGUGCGGACCUCGCUCCGCCGGGAAUAUCCUGACGCGACGUCUGUGUCGCAAUCGACGACGUGACGACAACGAACUCUACCGCUCUAAUAGCUUCAAGUUCGAGAGAUUUGACCGGAAGGAGGGACAGGAAGUGGGCGGAUCUGAAACACUGCCAAAGCAGAUCUCCAUCUGUGAUGAUUACAGCCUGCCAGUUGACUUUGUAAAGAAACGGCCGUCCAGUUUUGAUCCUUGCUUGGUCGAUCUUGUGCCAAACAAUUGGACAACACCGAGCCCCUUAUCAGAACACGUGACAUUUGCAGAUCCAGGAAAUCCGGCAAAGGCAACACUCACACCGCAGCCAGCGCCUCAGCCGCCCGUGAAAGUCGUCGAAGGCUACAGCAAUCCCAAGGACUCGAAGAGGCAACACAGGACAGGAAGGCGAGAGCAGUCAAAGAGGCCAACAUCACUCGGCAACUUCAAGCCCUACAAUCGCCUCUGCAGUGAUUCAGAUUCUGCCGGGCCCAAAACAUCCGCAGACGAAGAGGAGGAAGCCGGCGCAGAAAAGCCAGAUCGAGUGCCUGAUCUCAAUUCGCCGGACAGCAUCUCGGAGGAUUUGGUGCGUCCGUUGCAGCCCCAGAAGAGCCCCAAGCGAUUCACUGGCACCUCGGAGACGUCCAAGCGAAAUCCGUCGCCGUACUACUAUUCUGACCUGCUGAAGGCGCGCGACAGUUCAGAGGGCGGACAGAAGAGUCGGCAGCACAGAUCGCUGCGAUCGAAGACAGUCGAUUCAAGGAGCAGCGGUCAGAGUGGCGAGCGGAGCGCCACACAGUUCCACAAGUACUACAAGAAGAGCAGCAGUCUCGACGUCCCGUGUGCCGAGCGCGAGGAGGAGGAGCCGCAGAAGCGGCGCUACUCCAUCACUGAGGACGGCGUGCGGAUCAUCAGAUGCGAGUCCCCGUCGACGACCACGUCUGAUGACUCUGACUGCACGGAGUGCCAGAAGAGGAGAGAGUGGCAUGCCCAAGCGCUGGCCCUAGUCCGCGAAACGUGCAACGUCGUCGCUGUCCAGGACUCUUCAAUGCCACCCCAUCGACUCCUUGGGCCAGCCAUGUGUGCUUGCACCGCUGCGCUGACUGCCACGGAUGAUCCCGACGAUCUCUUCCGGCCGCGCAGCAUCUUCUACGUUCACCAAGUGGGCGAGCAAGAGUGUGCAGACUGCGGAGAGAAGCCUGCAUCGGAGAAGGCCACAGAGUCUGGAGGCAGUGGGAAGACCAGGCAGAUUUACGAGACGGCCUUUGACUCCAAAGUCACCAGAUCUGACGAUGACUUGGACGAUAAUUUGGAUCGUCUUACGAGCCAUUCAAUGCUCGCGUCCACGCCACAGACUGUGGACACCCCGAAAUCAUGCCCGAAAGAGGGCAAAGAACGCUCGAGGAAGUCAUCAAAGUCCUCAGAAGCGAAGAGACACUCACGAGGGAAGUCUCACAGUAGUAAGGAGAAGGAGGGCAGUGGUUCGACGAUAUCACAGGAGAUGGAGAACAUGCAUCUCAUGGAGAAUUCCGCGAACGCCAAUGAGGCAGGAUUGGCUGCUCAGUUGCCUCUGAGAGGAUAUACACCAUCUCCACCGUCGACAGCUCCGCUUCCUGUCAAAUUCCCCGGGAAGCACGAGCGCUUCCUCAUGAACAGCAUCAAGAGUGCGCCCAAUUUGCCAUCCACGAAUCCCCCAAAGAACGCUCGGCUGAAGGAUCUCCACCUGCCGCUGAAGUCGCUGUGUCCGCGCGAUCCGCCCGCGAGUAGCGAGGGCAGCAUCGGUGACACGCGCUCGUACAACAGUCCCAGGAACGCUGAGCGCCCGCGCUCGGUGGUCCUGGAGUCGGGCAGGGUGUUGGAGCUGAAGGGGAGUCAUCAUGGCACUGGCCAGAGACAGAGACGCGGCGGGAAUUUCUCCUCCACCGAGAGUAUGGUCACGUCCAGCAGUGGCGGCAGCAUGGAGUCCAUUCGGUCGAGCACGAGCGAAGGCAAUCGCAGCACUUCGAGCUCAGAGUCCAGACACUCCACUUCUCUGAGCUCUCACAGCUCGGACUCCGGCCCGGGCGGCACGAAUCCCCUGCGAGUGCCCAUCGUCAUCCACUCGAAGCUGCACAUCCUGAGUCCCAUCUCGGACAAGUCCAGCCAGGAGCCGGGCAGCGAGACAAGUGAUAUCAACAACAGGAACAACAACAGCCAGAAAGCGUCUCCGGACGACGGAACGAAGCAGAAUCAAAAUGAGGACUUCACAACCGACAAUGCGGCUGCCAAGAUGAAGCGGCGUAUACCACAGAAUAAGACACUCCUCCUAAUCACAGGUUCAGACAGUGGAAUCUCGCUGCAUUCGCGAGACGGUGCCAAAUCGAGAAUAAGCGCCUUCCAGCCACUCACCGUGAACAAGUUCAACCCCACAAUUGAGAAAGUGGACAAUAAUGUUGCUCCAGCGGACUUGCCACAGGACUUCAGCGAUCUUCCAUUCGAUAUGCCAAAGCUUCGACGCCGCAGAAUCAUCACUCAGCCGGAUGCGUGCACAUCUGGCAGCGCAACGUCGGUGGAUUUGGGUGAUCUUCCAUUUGAUAUGCCAAAGCUUCGACGGCGCGUGAGAUUGACGCCUCAGCCGGCGUGCGGAGUGAGCGGCGUGAUCCAGACCAGCACAGAAUCCAGCGGAGUCUCUCAAGCAUCGUCCAGUCACUCUGUGCGAGAGGACAAGCCGAUUCUCGGCACGGGAAUGUUCCGCCAGAAUCUCACACUCAAUCUGAUGGAGACGAAAGCGGCGUCGGGCAAAAAGUGCUUGGGCGGAAGUCUGGAGCUGAAGUCGAGCGGAAAGGGGCUGCUGAACCUCAAUCUGGGCGCCUACUCUGCCGGGCUGGAUCUCAUCGAUGCCACGGUGCCGCUGGAGAGGCAGGGAUGGUAUCACGGCGCCAUCAGUCGCGUGGAGGCGGAGUGUACGCUGCGGCCCUUGAACGAGGGCAGCUUUCUGGUGAGGAACAGCGAGUCCACGAGGCAGGACUACUCCCUGUCGCUCAAGAGCGCCAAGGGAUUCAUGCACAUGCGGAUACAGAAGAAUGACGCAGGACAAUACAUUCUGGGCCAGUUCAGUCGCCCCUUCGACUCCAUUCCCGAGAUGAUCAGGCACUUCUGCCUCAAUCGGCUGCCCAUCCGCGGCGCCGAGCACAUGGUGUUGCUGGAGCCGGUGAUCGCGCAGCUGCUGUAGAGUGCCUGACUGCGCCUCGUUUGGGAGAAACAGGAACAUAUCACAGACUUAGUUUAUCAUUUUGCACGUUGUUUGAAUCACCACGAGAGCACGGGAAUGGGGAGAAAAUUGUGAUAAAAGUGAUAAAAAGUAAUUCGGAAUGUUGGACUUUGCGGAGGGAGCGAGAGGGAUUUCGGCGUCAAUUUCUGUGUGCAAUAAUUCAAUUAUAUCUCCUCGGGCGAUUCAUCCAGUCUGCGCUCCCUCCAGCUCCGAAACUGUGGGGAAAAGCAAUUGCCAAAGAGAUGAAAAGUGAAGAGAAAUUGUCAUCAAUUGUCUGUCGUGGCGGACAAAAUAAAGCGGUGGAAGAGGAAUUUUGGCUUCCAGAUGAAUUUGAGAUGAUUUUCCACAUUAAAAUAGUAUGCAAGAGACAUGUACUUAAUACUCUUUUCAUAUAAUCCUAGUGACAGAGCGAAGGGGGCUUCGCUGAGGGCAUAGAGCACGUGGUUUUGCUGAUAUGUCGGCCUAGUUACUCUGCAGAAUGUAUGAAAAAACAGCCCUUCUGCGCAUAGUCGAGGGGCGCUUCGAAUCCCAAAGUAUAUAGAGAAGGAAGAAGCAAAAAAAUGUAGCCCUCACACUUAAUCUUACAUGAUAUUUAAAGGAUAAAAAAAACAUGUGAAGUUGCAUAGAUAAUAGUGAUUAUAUACAGCAAAACAUUAUUACUAAAAUCCAUCACCUUUACUCACUGCGAGUGAGUUUUUACCAGUAAAGUGAGAAAAAAAGUGGAAACAUCACUAUAGAUAUUUAGUGUAAACAUCGAAGGAUGAGUAAAGAGUCUUUAUCAUUUAACUCUCUUAUUAUCAGUAGGUUUCAUUGUAUAUAGUCGAGAAAAUUGUACUACUUGUAAGUUCUAAGAGAAAACACCCUUUUUGUCCCAAAGAGCAAAUUGUAACUCUGUAGGUGAAUAUUUAUGAGUUUAAAAUGUAGACCAUUUGAUUCCACUUAAUAUAUUCCACUCUCUAUCUAACCCAAGUUUAAUUCAUGAGGUUUAAGGUAAAGCCGAUUAAUAAAUUGACCUUUUAAUCACAAAUGUCGUAUUGCCACCAACAUCCUGCACACAUGCGAUGAUUGUAUUAAUUGGCAAAUUUCUGAGAAUUCAAUGAGGAGAAAAACAAACAGUUCUGUAGUGAUAAAAUGUAUACAAUAAACAUACAGAUGAAAAGUUG